GGAUCAGGAGGAAGAGAAACCUCCCCCAGCUUCGUGGAAUCCGUUCUCAGGGUUCAGUCAGUUGGUCAAUAAUGUUGCAGCCAACGUGACCGAAGUUCUGCAGGUUAAAAGUCCGACUGACAACGAGUCGCAGACGAAGUUACAUCAGCAGUUUGAAAUGUACAAAGACCAAGUGAAGAAGCUGGGGGAGGAGCCACCUGCAGCUCAGACGGCGAGGGCGGAGUCUCCCACCUGCGGCAUCUGCCACAAAACCAAGUUCGCCGACGGCUGCGGUCGAGCCUGCUGCUACUGCCAGAGUCGCUUCUGCGCCCGCUGCGGUGGGCGUGUCCCUCUGAGGGCCAAUAAGGUGAUGUGGGUGUGCAACGUGUGCAGGAAGCAGCAGGAGAUCCUGACUCGAUCAGGGGAGUUUUAUUCCAGUGCAUCGCCCCCACACCUGCCCCUUCAGGGCCUGCCAGGAGCCAUGGCGCCUCUGAGCAACGGAGCCACAGACCAGAGGCGGAGCCCCUCGAGUUCGUACUACGAUGGUGGCAGGAUGCCUCGCUCGCCAUAUGACCACAGUCUGGAUCGUCGCAACCGCUCGCUGCACAGCUACCACGGUAACGGGGAGACCGAGCUGCGAGUGCAAAGACGACCAAUCAAAGACGGCCGAGGCCGCUGGCACUCGCAGGACCACCCCUUCGAUCCGGUUCUGGUCGAUCGCGAGCAGAGGCGGAGACAGGAGGAGGAGUUUCAGGCCCGUUAUCGCAGCGACCCAAAUCUGGCCCGUUACCCCGUGAAGCCGCAGCCAAGCGAGGAGGCCAUGAGGAUGCUGGCUCAGGUGGGCAGAGUCCGUCACCAGCGUCGGCACAGCGACGUCUCCCUGGCAGUGGCAGAACCCGAACACCUGAACGUCCGACACCCGGCGGUCCGUCAGAACCAGCCUCAGGGACUGCUCGGCGCCGGAGGUCAGAGGUCGUUCUCUGUCGACAAGGCGGCCAAUCACAUCAGCCCCACGUCGCCGCGCCGCAGCCCACUGCCGCAGCAGCACCUGGACCCGAGCUCCGCCCUCAAGAGGAAGCCCGCCAACGACUGCAUGGCGCAGAGGGGCCGGAUGAUCGGGAAGAUGCACGUGAUUGGCAGCUUCAGCAGCUCAGAGGAGGAGCUGCUGACCACGCCUGAGUACACCAGCUGCGACGAGCCUGACCGAGACAUGGAGAGCCAGUGGUGGGAUCACGGUUGGCAUGGAGAGCCUGCACCUAUGUCAAUGCAGCCGGUCACGUGGCAACCAUCCAAGGAUGGAGAGCGUCUGAUUGGUCGGAUCGUGCUGAACAAACGGAUGAAGGACGGGACGGUUCCUGCAGACACAGGAGCUCUGCUGGGACUGAAGGUCGUCGGGGGAAAGAUGACGGAGUCGGGUCGUCUCUGCGCAUUUAUCACCAAAGUGAAGAAAGGAAGUCUGGCUGACACCGUUGGACAUCUGAGACCUGGCGAUCAGGUUCUCGAGUGGAACGGGCGGGUUCUGCAGGGCGCCACUUUCAACGAGGUCUACAACAUCAUCAUGGAAUCCAAACCAGARCCACAGGUGGAGCUGGUGGUUUGCAGACCAAUCAGAGAUGUUUCAAGAGCAGCUGAUGGUUCCAACGUUCACCUGGAUUCCAGUUCCAGUUCCUUCGACUCGCAGAAAGUCGGUCCGGCCAUCUCUGUCACGUCUCCGUUGAGCCCCAGCGUUCUGACCGGACAGGUCUCGACUACGAACAGACAUCCUCUGGUCCCCAGAAUCCAGAUAAAGCUGUGGUACGAUAAAGUUGGUCAUCAGCUGAUCGUCACCGUCCUCGGUGCCAAGGAACUUACCGUUCGAGACGACGGCCGUCCUCGAAACCCCUACGUCAAAAUCUACUUCCUGCCUGACAGAAGUGAUAAAAGUAAGCGUCGGACAAAAACAGUGAAGAAGUCCCUGGAGCCUCGGUGGAAUCAGACCUUCAUGUAUUCCCCGGUGCACCGGCGCGAGUUCAGAGAGCGGAUGCUGGAGCUAACGGUGUGGGACCAGGCCAGAGUCCGGGAAGAGGAGAGCCAGUUCUUAGGGGAGGUUCUGAUCGAGCUGGAGUCGGCUCUGCUGGACGACCAGCCUCACUGGUACAAACUGCAGCUUCAUGACGUUUCCUCUCUGCCGCUGCCCAACGCCUCGCCGUACCUGCAGAGGAGGGGCCUGCAGGCCGAGGCGUCACCGAGGAGGCUUCAGAACAAAGGUCCUUAUUGUAACUCAGGAUCCCAGAGGAUCAGCGACAGCGAGUUUUCAGAUUAUGACUGUGAGGACGGCAUCGGGGUGAUAUCAGAUUACAGACAAAAUGGGCGGGACUUCCAUAGYUCCACCCUCUCGGUGCCAGAACAGGUGAUGUCGUCUAACCACUGCUCCCAGUCCGAGAUGGUCAGGAGGUCACGAUCUCCGAGCCAACCUCCUCCUCAGAGCAGUAACCCUUUGUAUCCGUUGUACCGRGAGGAUGCCCUGCGGCUCCUACGAGGCUCCAAACUGAGCCGAGCGCACUCUGAUGCCGCUCAGUACAGCAGCCUCGACAGGCGACAGCUGAGGAGAAUGUCUGUUGGCAACUCUCUUGAUUCUUACGACAGAUAUUUUAACGGUCCACACCACACCUGGACAAACCAUGUAAUGAAUGGGAGUUGUGAGGACUACAGUGAGGACUUCAUCCCUGACUUUCCGUAUGAGCCCGACGCUUACGACGAGGAACUGCUGAGAGCAAAUGUUCGAGGUGGAUCCUCCCUCACGAGUCCGACAGGAACGGCGGUCUGCACUCGCCGAGGACGACAGCUGCCCGUUGUCCCGCCAAAAGGAGUUCUUGACAGAAGUGUGAUGAAGGACCCCACAAAGAUGAGGGACAGUCUGUCCUUCAAAUCAUCUGACAGCGACGUCAGCGACGUCUCCGCCAUGUCCAACGCCUCGGAAAACCGAUCGGCCCGCAGGAUCAGUAAGGUGGAACCCGUGGAGGUUCAGUCAGUGGACUUGGGUGCGGGGUCAGAGGGGAUGCAGGAAGCAGUGGAAGAAGCAGCAGCAGGCGAAGCGACGCUCCAGAAGAGCAUAUCAGUGGAGGAGGGGCAGGAGGAGGAGCCUGAGACUUCACAGGCAGCCUCAAACUCUGGAGCUCCUCUCACCAAGUCGUCGAGCGUCGGAGGGGAGAUUUGCUCGUUGGGACGAAACGACGACGACGAAGACGACAAGAAGCGACGCUCGAGCUUCGGAGCGAGGAUGAUGGGGAUGGUUGGACUGGGCAAGAAGAGUCAAAGCGCCUCCCAGCUCAACCCAGAGGAGGAGGAGAGGAAGAAGAAGGUCAUCAGACUUCCUGUCCAGAGGAGCGUAGAGACUGGCUUGGCCGUCGAGUUUAAAUCUCGAUUCACGCGGCAACCGAGUCGAGAUCCAGACGCCGAGGACCCCAAACCCGGAGCUCUCAUAUUUCCAGGUGUAAAACUGGCAUCAGAUAAACAGUUCACUGGUUUCCUGGAGGGACUGGGCCCCGGUCAGCUGGCUGGACGGCAGACUUUAGCUACGCCUCCCAUGGGUGACAUCCAGAUCGGGAUGGUGUACAGGAAGGAGCGGCUCGACGUGGAGGUGAUCCGAGCGCGAGGACUUGUUGGGAAACAGGGCAACAAGAACACUCCAGCUCCCUAUGUGAAAGUAUAUUUAAUGGACAAUGGGAAGUGUGUUUUAAAGAGAAGAACUCGUCUGGCGAGAAAAACUCUUGAUCCUCUUUAUCAACAGCAGCUGCAGUUUGAAGAAAACCCUGAAGGAAAGGUGCUGCAGAUAAUCGUUUGGGGCGACUAUGGACGAAUGGACCAUAAAUCCUUCAUGGGCGCUGCUCAGAUCCUCUUGGACGAUUUGGACCUGUCCAACAUGGUGAUUGGCUGGUUUAAACUGUUUCCUGCCACCUCCCUGGUGGACCCAGCCUUGGCCCCGCUGACUAAUAAGGAAACGGAAGGCAGCAAAUCCUAGCAUCGGGAGACGGGAUUGACUGCGUCGUCUCAGAAAGGGGCCAAGAGCGAGCAGGAGGGGACACACUGCCGCUGGGAGGGAGGGUUAAAAAAAAAAAAGUCCAACAAUCCUCCUGUGCUGCUGCAUGCUGCAUGAUGACGUCACGCUGAUGACGUACCUGUGCCAUGAUGUUGUCAUCGAGGGGAGACAGAGGCUUCCUUUAUUAAAUCCAAAGGGGGCGGAGCCAAGUGGCAAAAGAUGCUUUAGAAAGAGUGGCCAAAUGACWUGAAGCUGCCAGCCAAUCACAGCAGCUCCUCAGGUGUCAUGUGGCAGUCGGUGGGCACACAACCUAAAGACUCAAUCUGUCAUAUGAGUUUUUGAGGAGAUGCAAGAACAUGGAGGCCGGUUUUUUUUUAUGUUUUUGCAUGGAAUAAACAAAAAAACAAACAGAACAAAAGGGAAAAAAACAACCGAAACAUCACCUGGAAAAACAAAACAAAACUGAAAAUACAACCAUGAAAACGUGGGAAUGUCGCCUGAAAACAGGAAAAUAAACGAUUCUCAAAUCGCUCUGAUUUUGUAAAAUACCUGUGACAUGUCGGUUUCAAACACAACUCAUUCUUCAGCGUUCUCGGGUUCUCCACGUGACGUUAAAAGGUUCUCCAAAACAUCAUCCGUCCUCCGAGGUUUAAGGUUCUGCUGCUAUGUCUGCUACAGCCUUGUUUAAGUUUUUAAAAAAAAUAUGCUGUGUAAAAUGUAAAUAAAUACAGAAUGCAAUGAUUUGCAAAUCAUUUAAACAUUUUAUUUUCAUUGAUGUUGAUUUUUUUUAUUCUUCAGUCUAAUAGUGACUCAGAUGCCCUCUCACCUCACAUCAUCUGAAUGUUCUUUAUGUGCCUGUUUAGAUUUCCUCUCCUAGAUAAAAAAAAAAAAAAGAAACGUGCUCAUUAGUCCAAUUAAACAUGAUUGUACCUGA